UACAUGUACAAAAUCAUGGAACAACUGACCUAGUUAAUUGAUAAACACCUUUAUCUGAUAAAACAACUUGUACUUGGUCAUUCAAUGAAUUUGUGUAGCAAGAUAGCUCGAGGAGGUGAUUUUGAGGAAUAUUGUGGCAUGAAAUACAGACUGGCAAACAGACAAUGAUUGUCACAGCAGCAGCUGGUUACCUCUUUAAACAAGGCCUUUGGAUUAUGCAGUAUGAUUUAAAACCUAUCAACAAAUUUUCCGCAGGGUAAUACUCAGACACUGCCAAUAUUGAAUAUGGAGUUAGAUCCAGACAUUAGUUCCGCCAUUAGCUUGGCAGAACUUGACUCAGACUUUCAGCCAAUUGAAUUUCAACUCAAUUUUGACAUGCCUGAUUUGUUGAUGGAAAAUGAUGGUCAAGAUGGUGGUAUAGAAGCAGCAGAUGUGAGUAGUCUUCUGGAACAGUUUGAAGAAGCAUCAAAUUCUAUAUCAAGCAUUGAUGAUUUAAAGACAAACAAUGAUAUAAAAAUUCCUGAAAAAAAUAUGUUGGUGGUACCUCUGAUUGAAUCUCCACAUAAAAAAGAUGUCUUGGAGAAAAUAAAAUCUUCAAGUAAACGAAAAUCAACUAUUUUGCUGCCAAUGGGAAUGCCUUCAAAAAGAGGCCGUGGCCAAGCCAUUGCUCUGAAACCUAGCAGCACCACUCCAAGACUGCAGAGAAUACUACAGAAAUCCUCUGCUGAGAUCAGUCAAGAUAUACUACUUACAAUGGAGGAAUAUUCCCCAAAAAAAGAAGCUGCUUGCAUUUCCUCUGAUAUUCUAUCAGAGGAGAAAAAUACAGUGAACAAAAAUUACUAUAAGGAUAUCUUGGACCAUGAUUAUUGUCAAAAUGUUCCAAAAUCAGAGGACAAAUUACAGGCAGGUUCACCCUCACAUCCAGUUGAAGUCUUAGAAUUAGAGGAUGGGGAAAUACUGGAGGAAUUUGAAAAAGAAGAAAAUAAUGACAUCAAAAACAAGCAUUGUGUUUCUCAAGCAAAAAAGAGUGAAUCAAAUAAACCAGGCAUUUCUCAACAGAAAGGAAAGAAACAAGGUGGCAGGAACUACCGGAAGAGGGAUGAGAGUCCAGUAUGUGAAAAAGAUGAUAAAUACUUUGACAAAAUUCCAUCCUAUUACACUGCUUUAUCUCUAAGUGGUGCAAAACAGUCCAAAUCUAAAAAGGAGAAUAUAGUGCCUAAAGAAAAUGUCAAUGGAGGUAUCAGAAUACAAGACUUCUUUGAGCCAAACCCAACUCCUCAAGGAGACAACACCGUUUACAGCAGGCUACCAGCCUACCAUAGCUGUUUCACUAACAGUACCAAAUAUGACACUAACGACGUCUCUUUAGAAAGCAAGUCAAGCAGUGGUUAUUCUAGUCGUAGCAGAUCUCCAAACCUGAGCAGGCGAUCAAGUUCAAGGUCACUCAGCAGGAGCUCAAGUAGGUCAAGGUCAAGGGACAGGAGAGGAAGGAGGAGGAAGAGGAGUGGAACAUACGACUCCAUCAUAUCAAGAUCUAGGUCAAGGUCCCGAGGCUCCUCUUAUUCAAGGUCAUCUCGUUCAAGGUCCAGGUCAUAUUCCAGGUCCAGAUCAUAUAGAUCAAGGUCAAGGUCAUCAUCAGUGUCUAGCAGGUCUCGCAGCAGAAGUAGGAGCAGGAGUUACAGGAGACGCAGUAGGUCAAGAAGUAGGAGUUCAAGUAUGUCUCGACGUCACGAAGAGCGACAAAGACUUAGAGAGAUUGAAAGAGCCCAAAAAAUGAAAGAUAGAAGAAUUAUUUAUGUUGGAAAAAUUCCAAACAACUACACUAAAAAAAAAUUGAGAAAAAGAUUUGAAUGUUUUGGAGACAUUGAAGAAGUUAGUGUUCAUUUCAGAGAAAGUGGGGACAACUAUGGCUUUGUGACAUUUGCAUACACUUGUGAUGCUUAUGCAGCAGUAGAAAAAGGCAAUCAGGUACCUGGUGAACAAGAGUUUGACCUUUGUUUCGGAGGCCGAAGGCAAUUUUGUAAAACGGAAUAUGCUGAUCUAGAUGGAAAUAAUGAAAUAAUUGAAGAGUAUUACCCACUUGUGAAGAAAAGUGAUCCAUUGGAUUUUGACUCUCUUCUCCAACUCGCAAGGAAACAAGCAGAAGAUAAAAAAAAGAAAAAUGUUUGACGAAAACGCACAUGUUAAACUCGUGAUGUUCUCAAAAGCCAAGUCUUUCAAAAACAAAUUGACAGUUAAAUUUAUCAGGGAAGUAGGCCGUUGUGUUGUAUUACAAUGUACUCUCAAGAGAUUUCUGGUAGUUGAUGUCUCAAAGACAGUUGCAAAGAUCUCUGUCCUACUUGAGCAAGUGUUGUGUGAAAUGUUAUGCUUCAUGAAGUGGAAUUCAUUAGGUGCUCAAAUAUGAAAUGCUUACAACAUUUAUAAUGCAGUUAUUUGAUAAAUACAUGUGGUGGGAUUUUGUUUACAUGUGAUGAUACAAAGAGUCAUGCACUGUUCAUAUGUACAGUACCGCGGUAUACAGGGAGAGUAAAAUCACUUUGUUAUAAUUCAGUCUCCCAACCAAGUUUGGAGACUGCAUGAUUUUUGUCUUUUUUUGUUGGUCCACUCAGAAAACCAUUUUCAAUUUAGUGCACUUUCCAUUUGUUUUGUUUAUUGUUUUUCCAAUCUUGAAUUUUCAUUAACUGUUACGUGACUUUGGAUGCAUCAGACAUUUUCAUCAUACACGGGUCUGCCUUUGAUCUAUUCUUACAACAUCAGGUAUACAUAAACCCUGUGUGAAUGUUUUUCAUUAGAGAUUGUUAUGUUAUAGGGUGGUGUUUGUCUUUUGUUCUGAAGAAAUAGCUGACUUUUAAAGUAAAACUUUGGAUGUGUCCUCAUUCCGUGAUUCAUUGCUUUUGUACAUUCUGAAUUCCCAGCAAUUGUUAAUUAUUUUCUCCAGAAUGCUUACAGAUAAUGUAGUGCCUAAUUAUCAUCCAUAUUUCUUUGCCUUGUACAAAAAUAGUGCUUGACAGAUCCUGUGUUCUAAGGAAAGUUAAAGGGUAUCGUGAAGGUACAAAUUGUGCAGAUUUAUUCCAUAUUUUGUAUAGUGAGGGUGUUAAAAACUUAGUACGGACUAAUUUUGAACCAAGUUUCAUCAUCAUUAUCAUAUGAAGAAAUAUAAGAACUUUGAAAGUUUUCAGUGAACAUACUUGUUGGGCAUGUAAUCUUUUUGUUUCAAUUUGAUAAACACAUGUAAUAUUAAGUAAGCUCUAAAACUUGAGGGAAACCCUCCAUCUUUUGUACAGUUUUCCAAUUGUGUAAAUUGAUUGCUGAUUAUUACAAUGACUAGUUCUCUUGUAUUUGUUUAUUGUUAAGCAUAUUGUCAAGAUUUCUUCAUCCAAAGAAUUUGACUUAGUGAUGAUUUUUUACAAUAUCUAAGAUGAAGACUUGAAAUACUUUUUAUUUCAUAAACCUUGUUUCAAAUCAGUAAAAUCACUAUAUUGUCAAAUGAUCAUUUGGCUCUGUAAGUUCUUAAAGCAUUUUAUUUUUUCUGUAUCAUUGUUCACACCUUUAAUAUCUUUAAUCAUUAUUAAUGCCAAUGGUGUAUCUCCCUCUGUACAAGUAUUUAUAACCUUGUCAAUAUUAACAUUUGUGAGUAAUUGUUAGUUUUGUAUAUACUACGGUUAUACAUACAUGUACAUGUGUAACAAAACCAUCCAGUUUUCUUGUAUCAUGCCAGGAUACAAAUUCUUGUCUGCACUGCAUUUUUUUUUUUGUGCAAUAUCCGAGAUGAAAUAAAACUUAAUGAUUAUUCAA